AUGGCAGACAUGAGAUCUGAACAGGAACGCGGACUGCUGUCUGCCCGAGGCAGCAAAUUGAUUGACGAGGCCGGUCAUCGCAGCUUCCAUGACGUCUUGGAGGACAUCUACCAACCAGAGCACAACCCUGAUGGCAUUGUAAGCUUGGGAUUAGCAGAGAAUUCAUUGAUGCACAAUGAGCUCCUGGAAUUUAUCAACAACACGCCGCAGUUCAAAAUGUCAAGCCACUUCCUUAUGUACGGCGAUGGCUCUCACGGAUCUAAGAAGCUUCGCGCGGCGGUGGCUAGCUUCGUGAACGAGCACUUCAACCCUGCGCUACCGGUCGAGAGCAAACAUGUGCGUGUCUCGCUCGGAGUAUCGAAUGCCAAUGAAGUGAUGGCCUUUGUUUUGGCCAACGAAGGCGAUGGCUUCCUCCUCGGCAGGCCGUACUAUGGAGCUUUCGUGGGAGACUUUUGGGCACGUGCGAAAGUGAAGACCGUCGGCGUUGCCUUUGGCUCCACUGACCCAUUCAGUCUUGAAGCCGUCGCAAAGUACGAAGAGGCGCUGCUGCGGUCCAAUAACGAGGGAGUUCCGAUCAAGGCCUUGGUCCUUUGCACGCCGAAUAACCCACUUGGUUGCCGGUGCUACUCCCGCGAGGUCAUCGUCGAGCUGAUGAAGCUCUGCCAGAAAUACCAAAUCCACCUCGUCAGCGACGAGAUCUACGCCCUGUCCGUCUGGGACAACCCGGAAGCGCGAGACGCGCCACCCUUCACCUCGGUGCUGUCCAUCGACACAGCCGGCAUCAUCGACCCCUCCCUCGUGCACGCCAUGUGGGGCAUGAGCAAGGACUUCGGCGCCAACGGCCUGCGCAUCGGCUACAUCAUCGACCAGCACAACCCCUCCUUCCGCGAGUCCGUCCGGCAGAUCUCCCUCUUAAACUACCCCGCCGCCCCCUCGGACCUCCUCGCCACCGCCAUCCUCUCCACACCCCCCUUCACAACGCCCUACAUCGCCACCAACCGCACCCGCAUCGCCGCCGCCUACGCCUUCGCCACGGACUGGCUGCGCGCGCGCGACAUCGCGUUCGCGCCGGGGAGCAACGCCGGGUUUUUCCUGUGGAUCGACGUCGGGCGCGCACUCUCUCGAGCCACUGGGAACAAGCCGUACGAUCAUGAGUUGUUUAAGAAGUUGUUGGCUGAGGCGAAGCUGAGCGUGGCGGAUGCGCUGGCGUUUGGGGGCGAGGAGGUGGGGUGGUUUAGGGUGGUGUUUACGCAUGGGCGGGGGUUCAUGGAGAUGGCGUUGGGGAGGUUGGAAGGGGUGAUGGGGAGGUAUGUUGGGGAGGUGGGGAGGUGA